UUGUAAUAUUCAUUGUUUUUUCCUCAUCAUCUCUGCUCUCUCAUUUCCUUAUAUAUACCCCACUUACAACUCAUCAGUUUCAUAGCACUCAAAAACUUAUCUCACCAUUGCAAUCCACUCCCUCUCUCACCAUAUUUUAGCAUCUUCAAUCACCAUUUUGAUGGCAUCUUCAACUUUGUCUUUGAGCACCAUCUCCCGUUUCUCUUUGAAAUCUUCAAGAUCAUCAUCAUUACUCACCACUUCAUCCACCAGCACCCUCUUACCCUUUACUUCCUCACACUCAUCUCUCUCAAAAUCUCUAAAAUUCAACACCUCUUCUCGCCACUCUCAUCUCUCACUCCCUCGCAAGAGUUUCACUUGUAGAAGCCAGGCUCAACAAACAUCUGACUCAGACAAAGUCCAAGAACUAAGAGUGUAUGAGAUCAACGAGAGAGAUCGCGGAAGCCCUGCUUACCUCAGACUGAGCCAGAAAACUACCAAUUCUCUUGGUGAUCUAGUCCCCUUCAGCAACAAGUUGUACUCCGGAUGCUUACAAAAGAGGGUAGGGUUAACAGCUGGAAUCUGUGUUUUGAUCCAAAACAAAGCAGAGAAGAAAGGAGACAUGUAUGAAGCAAUUUACAGCUUCUACUUUGGGGACUAUGGUCACAUUUCAGUGCAGGGUUCUUAUUUGACCUAUCAGGACUCAUUUCUUGCUAUCACUGGUGGAACUGGCAUCUUUGAAGGGGUGCGGGGUCAAGUGAAGUGUCAACAACUUGUGUUCCCCUUCAAACUAUUUUACACCUUCUACCUUAAGGGCAUCAAAGACUUGCCUCAGGAGCUUCUUUCCGACUAUGUUGAGCCCAGCCCUGUUGUUGAACCGAGCGACGCUGCCAAGGCCUGUGAACCACAUGCUGUUAUUUCUGGUUUCCAGGACUGAGCACCAUUCAACACCCUCUGUUUCUUUCACUACCCUAACAAUCUCAGUCUACACUAAUUUCAAAUUUCACUUUAGAUUGGAUUAACUCUUUUGUAAUCCAAGGAAUAAACAUGGAUUCAAUUUUUUGUAAUGUGUGGCUGGUGUUGUUGGAGUGUGAGAAGAAAGGACCACUACAAAAAUCAACAUUCUUUUGUUUUACUCUCUUCAUUGUAGACUUUUAAUUUCAAGACCCUUUCGCAUCAAGUUUACCAAUUUUUCACAUAAAUAGCACUAUGAGCCAUUUCCUUUU